AUGGCGCCAGAAAUGCUUGUCACCUCGAGCCCAGGCUUUGAUAAGGGCCAUAGCCCUGUGUCUACAAAUUCUCUCACUCCUGGUGGCGGAAUCAUAAGCCCAUGGGACCUCUUAAGUGUGAAGAACUCUCUGGCCAUGUGGACGCCAGGGGUGAUGCGACUCCCCAUAGGCCCCCAGCCUAGAAGAGGUGCGGCAGGCCGCCUCAACCACCUGUACCUCCGGCAUGUCUUGUGGAGAAGAUGCGGGAGGUCUGCUGCUUAG